AUGAGUCUACUAUUAGAGAGUGUGACAUCACAGGAAGAGGAAGAGCUGCUGGCUGUUAUGGUGAAUAUUAUCGUCAUCUGUUCAGAGUCUGUGCAGCUUGUGGAUGGAGCUGGUGUCUGCUCUGGGAGACUGGAGGUGAAGUCCAAUCAGUCCUGGGCCUCAGUGUGUGAAGCUGACUUUGACCAGCAGGAUGCAGAGGUAGUCUGUGGGGGAGCUUGGCUGUGGGGCUCCUGCAGCUCUACAGGGGGGCUCUAUGGAGAAGGUGAGGGUCAGACCUGGGAUAAAGAGUUCCAGUGUAAAGGCAAUGAGUCCCUUCUCCUGGACUGUGACACCUCAGACAGAAAAAACAACACCUGCCUACCUGGUAAUGCUGUUGGACUCACCUGCUCAGAGCCUGAUGAUGUGAGGCUGGUGGGAGGAGGCAGUCGCUGUGCUGGUGGAGUGGAGCGGUACGACCAGGGAGAGUGGAGGACUGUGGGAGCUGAUGACAGGAACAAGGAGGCUGUAGCUGCAGUAGUGUGUAGACAGCUGGGUUGUGGCUCCACUGUUUCAGUACUACCUGGAAACACCACUAGAGGGUUUAGAGUUGACUGUUCUGGGUCUGAGCCUUCACUGAGGGAGUGUGGGAGAAUGUAUCUUCUCCUUCCUGGACUCACAGUGAUCUGCUCAGAUCUCCUGGUCCAGCCUGAUAUCUUCCUGACUGACUCAAUGGGAGGGGUCUCCAGGGGCCAUGAGGGGCCAGAGGUGUUCAGGGGCUACAACUUCACCAUCUCUUGCUCCACUCAGCCACAGUACCCAGGAGGCUCCUUCCUCCUCACGUUCACCGGCUCCAACAGAACCCAGACCCAGCCAGCUGUCAAUCACUCUGCUGCCUUCCUCUUCCCUGCUGCAGAUGACUCCCACCAAGGGAAACUACAGCUGUCCUCUCCUCUGCCAGCCUUCAUCAUCAGACACGUUGUAGUGCUGCUGAUCCUACUGACAGCCAUCACCACCAUCUACCUGUACUACAAGACCACCAGGAGGCAGAAGAGAGUGAACAGGGUGAGCAGCAUGGAUCUUUAUGUUGAUGCCAAUGCCAUGGAGAUGGUCUCUCUGAGCUCCAGAGCUGAAGCUGGACCGGGAGAGGAGAGAGCAGCCCAGGGGACUGAGUAG